AUGGAAGCCACAGAAUUUGAUGCUAGUCUCGGGGGAACAGAAAAUCUUCCCAACACGGCUAAUAGUUUUAAAUUUGCGGCAUCGAGAAGUAUUGAAAUAACUGCAAUGACUGAAAGUAUAUUACGACCCAACAAAACAAAGCUGAUAUUUCAAUCAUUACCCGUUCAUAUGCGGCGUAGAGUAAUGAGCCACAACUGUAAAAGAUUACCUAGAAGACUGCGCGAGGGACACAUGGAACAACUAAAGAAGAGUGGACUGCCACCUAAACAAAAGCGUCCCUCGAGAAAAUACAGACGUCGCCCAGCAAACCUUCUAGAGGAAUACACACGAAGGCAAAGAAGAAUUACAUGGUUGGAAACUCAUAUUUGGCAUGCUAAAAGAUUUCAUAUGACUGAACGAUGGGGUUAUCGAUUAGCUCAUAGACCAUGUGAUAAAGCAUUUAGAGCAUGCUACAGAGCCACUUCAGCUCAUUGUCUCCUCCAAGACAUCUCCUAUUUUGUACCCAUAUUGAUUAAAGGCUCCAUUGAAAGCAUAGAAAAUAUGUUUAAUUUACUUUGUAGUAAAACCUGUGGAUUAGGUGUUUCAGCUAAAGCUUUUAUGUCUGGAAAUAGAGCUGGAUCUUUUAAUAUGUUUAAACCACAGUCAUACCCAUUUGGAUAUAUUGGUAAAGUUGAAUUUCAAUGGGUAUAUACAAAUGAGAUACCAGAUCUUGUAAUAUUUGUUCAUCCGUCACAAAUUAAAGAAGUUGAGGCAUCUUUUUCAACAAUAAUCCUUAGUGAAGAUUCAAAACUUUUAAAAGAUAGCAAAAGAAUUAAAUUAUCACAAAACUUAUCUGACAUUUCUAUUAAUGUAUUAUAUGGGCAAUUUAAUCGAUUUAGGCUGACUGGACCAAAAAGUCAUGCUAUCCUUACUCAUUCUUUGAAAACUGUUAAUAAUAUCAAAUUAUCCUCAGAAUGGGUUUGCAAAACUAAAAAUUUUGAUUUACAUCUACAGGAAAAACAUGAAUAUUGGUCAAAUAUUAGUAAUUUGUCCUCACCAUCACAGUUACCCUCAAGAAUAAUCAUUGGUUUAAUAGUUAAAGAUCCUCGUUGGAGUCGGCCCAAGAAGAGAACCAAAGCAGAAGCUGCCAUAACACCUACAAAUAUAGAAAUUUUAACUAAUAUACCAAAAUAUGCAUCCUCUUCACCCUUAUGGCAAACAAAUGUUCGAGAAAUUAUAAAGAAAAAUGUAAUCACAAAUGGUAAAUUCAUAGAACAUGUCACUAAAACACAAUUAGUGCCUGGAGAAACUAAUGAAGAUGAUCCUGCAUUACAAAAUAUUCCUGUUGUGUUAAUACAAAGACCUGGUUCACAAAAUUCCACUUAUAAAAAAAUUGGAUAUGGCAGUGGAUGGGACAUCAUAUUACCUUCAGGAUAUGGGCUUCCAUUUUGGUUAACUCUCAUAAUGUUUGGUGCAAGACCCGGUGGUCUGCGAGAAACUGAACACUUGUCUCAUGAAAAGGGGGAGACCUAUUUGUGCCCAGAUUCAAAAUCUGGUACAUUAGAGGAAGAAAGAAUUGAACUACAAUUAAAAGAACAUUAUUUUAAGAGACCACCAAGUAAAAGAGUCAACUUUAUUAAACUAGGUAUUUUGAGCCCAUUUCGAUGUCCCUGGACGAUAUUAUUACAAGAUUGGAGUAGUUGUGCCUGUGAUAAUUUUUUUAUUCUGAGAGAAACAAAUAUAAUUAAUGAAUUACAGAACUGCCUUAACAAGAAAACCCCAUUUAUUACUUCAUUUCCUAAUGAAAAUUCUUGUUUGGUUGCGGUUUAUCUACAAACUGAAGGAAAAGGUCUUAUAAAGGAUCAUGCUAUAAUAUGUAUGCCAAACUUUGGUGACUUUAAAUCAAAUAGAGUUCUGCAGGAACCACAACAUGAAGAUAAAAAUGCUAAAAUAAGGAAAGAGAAACGACUAGAACAUCGGAAAUUGUUGAAGAAAAUAAGAAGAGCUCAGAUAAAAUUGAAGAAGAAGAUGACUGAAAAAAUUACAAAACCAAAAACGAAAUCUAAGGAACCUUCAGAAUAUGUGAAAAGUAUGAGAGAUUUGUGGUUGACAUCUUUUGACAGCGUAAGGCACGCAUGUGUUAGACAAACUAUGGGUUAUGUCACUAAGGGUGCAUUUAGUUUCACUGAAGCCAAAGGUUGUGCAGUAGGAUAUAUUGCAUUUAGCGCUCUUAAAUAUCUCAUUGACAGUAAAUUUAAUAAGAUUUUAGUAAGAAAUACGACUUCAAAUAAAUAUAGUGUAGCAAAUAUUCAGUUAAUAAACAAUAUCUAA